ACAUGCACUUCCUGCAAAUGCUGGGAAUACAGCUUUGUGCUUUGCACUGAUCUUUGCUCUCUUUCUGACCAAUCUACCCAUCUAUUUAUCUCAAUAUUCCUCCACAAGCAUGCAUGCAUUAAAUUUGCAGAAUGCAUUAUUUUGCUGCAAAUGUUUGCAAAGUCCCUGGGAGUGAUGCAGCUUUGUGCAUUGCCUUGCAGUCUUUGCUCUCUUCUUGAUUGAUCUCUCCAUCUAAAUAUCAUGCAGACCUUCCGAAAGGUGUUGGUGCAUCUCUCCAAAGAGGACAGCUUCCCCAAAGCUGCACAUUUCCAGCAAAGCAUCGUGGGCCAUUUCUGCAAAGCAAGCGAGGAAGAUGCCUUGAUGGUCAGCUGCGGGUUGGAGCAGAACCGCUUCCUCAUUUCCAGCAAGGAGUUCCCCGGGUCAAGAAGGGCCUGGAUUCAGCGCCCCUCUUCCUGCCCUAUGAAGCUCUUGAGCCGCGACCCAUCGGCCUCCCUUCCUUUGCAUGGCGGAGUGGACGCUGCCGUGGCCACGCUCCUGCAAUCGGCCGCCAGGAAAGUCCUGCUGACCCGACGAUCCCAAAGGAUGACCCUCUUCCCGGACGUCUGGGUCCCGCCAGGCGGCCACAUUGAACCGAAUGAGCAGUUGCUGGAGGCCGGGCUGAGAGAACUGCAAGAGGAAACAGGCCUGAAGCUGAGAGAAGGGGAAUUCUCCUGGACCUUGCUGGGCCUUUGGGAGUCUGUGUAUCCGCCAUUGCUGAGCCUUGGCUUGCCAACCCACCAUCACAUUGUGGCCUACCUCUUUUUGCAUUCGUCCGAAAGCCACGGCCAAUUAGAGGCGAGGCUUAAACCCAACGAAGGCGAAGUGAGUGCUUAUGCAUGGCUAGAUGUGCCUGUUGUGUCAUCGAUUGUCGGCACAGAAAAUGGCGACCACGAAGGGACCACCAGGACCGGAAACCUCCCGCCGAACGUCAGCAUCACCGAAGUGGACAACGGCUCGUCCAGGAGGGUCCCGAUCCCUAUGGCCACUUUCUUCGGCAACGGCAACAACAAGGGGGUCAGUGCCGGGACACGGUUCGCACUGCGGAGGUGGCUCCAAAGAGUCAGACACAACUGGACUUAAUGACAGGUAUAAUAUAAUACCUUAUAUUAUUAUUCCAACUCUCUUUGUGCAGGAUUUCGUUUGCUCUUCCCAUUCAUGCGCCAACAGCAAUACUAAUUAAAGGUUAUUUUCCCAAAAAAAGUA